AUGUCCACCGAAAGUAACCUACCCCGGCACAUGCGAAUUCCCGGCGAAGAUGGGUACCGAACGCCAACAAUAGAAGAUGCCGAGCGGGCGCUUUCAAUGCUGGGAGCCGUCGAGGAAAGCCCUGACGGUGGGGCUCGCGAGGCUCAUUCAUCUGCCUUAGAAGCUGCACUGCAACGAGCCUCAUCGCGGGCCACUGUGAAAACAAAUCCGGGUAAAGAAGCCGCCAAUGCGUGCCGAGAUCAUAACGGGCUGAGCCUGUUUGGGCUCAAGCGCACGGUUUCUGGCAAGCUGAGCUGGAAAAAGCGCAUUCGCCAUGUCACCUGGGCGUAUUUCACGUUGACUAUGGCUACGGGUGGGCUGGCUAAUGUCUUGUAUCAAGUACCAUUUCGGUUCAAGGGCUUGGAUACGAUUGGCAUCGUUGUCUUCUUGAUCAAUGUCGCUUUAUAUCUCAUCAUCUGGGCUCUUCUGCUUGUUCGGUUCUAUCAUUAUCCGUACACGUUUAAGGCGUCAUUCAUGCAUCCAACAGAGUCGCUCUUCGUGCCCGCAUCGAUAGUAUCCUUCGGCACGAUCCUAAUUAACAUAUCACAGUACGGGCCCGAAAACACAGGUCCGUGGUUGAUGCGCGCAGUCUGUAUUCUAUUCUGGAUUGAUGCCACUCUCGCCGUGAUGUUCUCAGCGGGCAUCUACCUUGUCCUUUGGUCGACACAGACGUUCACUAUUGCGCAGAUGACUCCUAUCUGGAUUUUCCCUGCUUACCCGAUGCUCAUUAUUGGCCCUCAUGCCGGGAUUCUCAGUGCAAAGCUGGAACCGUCGCAAUCUCUGCCGGUUAUUAUUGGCGGCACAACUAUCCAGGGAGUUGGCUUUUUGGUUUCGUUGAUGGUGUACUCGGCCUUCAUCUACCGGUUGAUGACGCAAAAGCUACCAAGGGAAAAUCUCCGUCCUGGUAUGUUUGUUUCUGUGGGACCAAGUGGGUUCACAGUUGCCGGAUUGGUGAAUAUGGCUGCUCAGGCGAAGAGGUCGUUUCCAGCCAGUUUUAUGGGUAAUGGGGCGCUGGCUGCCGAUGUGAUGAAGAUUGUUGCAAAUUUUUCGUGUCUUUGGCUUUGGGGAUUGGCCAUAUUUUUCUUCAUUAUUGCAAGCGCAGCCCAUUGGUCGACGAUUGGACAUGGACGCAUGGUCUUCUCAAUGACCUGGUUCUCAUUUGUCUUUCCUAAUACUGCCUUGAUCACUGCUACUUUUGCUAUUGGAAAGGCAUUCUCUUGCCGGCCUAUUCAAAUUGUGGGGUGUGCGGCGAUACUACCGUUGCUGUUGGUGUACUUUUUUGUGUGCUACAUGAUGGUUCGGGCGAUUUUGACACGACAAAUCCUAUGGCCCCAAAAGGGCGAGGAUAGAGACGAGGGUGGGUUUGAGAUUCAUCGGGUUAGACCAAUGGCAACAAGGGAGUAG